UAAACAUAUUAAGAAAUUUAAGAUAUGGAGAGUUUCCUCAUCUUACGUUGCUUCUUCUUAUUCUUCUUCUUUGCCUUCUUCAACGGAGAAUUCGUAGCUGCAGAAAAGUUUUGGAGCAGAAUAGAGAUGGCUGAGAUGAAUGGCUACGGGGAACACAAACUCUCCUCUGUGGUUAUCACCGGUUCUCUUCUUUGCAACUCCCCUGUUUCAGGUGCCACUGUGGCCAUCAAGUGCCACACUGGUCUCAAAAAGAGAUCAAACUGGAUAAAAGCUGUUACUGAUGACUUUGGUGAAUUUAUUAUCCAUCUCCCUUCUCAUCUUCAUGCAAUUCCACACCUCGAAAAGGCAUGUUUCGUCAAACCAGUACAUGUUCCUAAGCACUAUCGAAGAUGCUACAAGACUUUUUCCAAGUCGAAUAUACACAAAGGCAUCAAACUUGUCUCGUCCAGUAACGGCUUCCGCGUCUACACCUCAGGAACGAUCAGGUUACAUGGACACAGUUCAAGAUUAUCCCAAGUUCGUAAAGCCGACAUGUAAACACACAAGAUAUAAUGAGAAACAACAUAUAACUUGUGAAAAAGCAUGUGUUACUUUUUAUGGUUCUCACUUGGUUAGCUGGCGCUUAAGUCACAUAACUAAGUUUGAGUCUCUCUCUCUCUACAUUGUUCAUCAUAUUCACAGUGUACAAACGUAAACCUACCU